AUGGCCCACAACCACGAGAACGUCAUGUUCAACCCCUCUUCACCUCACUCCUCUGUCGGCGGUGCCGAUUCCUUCAAGGGAACGCCGGACACAAGAUUGACAGCCUUCUCUCCGGAGGAAAGCGCGACUAGGUCCUCGCGUCUGCUCAAAUCAAUUGCGCAGACCUCGCCAGAGACCACUCCUUCGAGGUUUCCCUCGAGUGCCUUUGGAAGUGUCAUGUCCAGUGCCGACAAGGACCCUUUCAUCACUACAGAGUCAAACAAUAACCUUCAGAAGUUGUCGCCGACUGCCUCUACUUUCCAGCCCUUCUCUUCGCCGCUGGACAGGAACACUGAUUUCACCAAUCUCGACCGAGACAGACAGUCAGUUUCCAGCGUCUUUUCGGCCGGGCUUAGAGAUGUUGGUGAACUCUCGGAAUGUCUCAUCAUCGGCUCGCAAACCCGAAACCUUGGCAUCACCGAUCUGAAUGCUUGUCUCAUGAAACUUCAGCGCCUUGGUCUCUCGGUCCAAGAGCCGAGACAAAUUUUCCACAGAGGAGGGCGAAUCUCUGUCCAGUUCAGCGAUAUUCGCGAUGCCGUUCUCGUCCACGACAACGUUUAUCGAGUUGAAGCUGAAUUUGAAGUCAACUAUCUAUCUAGUGUUGACUUUUCAGAGGUGUGUCUACUUGCCAUCAGGAGCCGUGUCAAGUCUGGGGUUUGGGUCGCCAUUGUUGCCCUGGCUAUUCCUCCCUGCCCGCUCGACGUCAUCCGCACUGAAGCAGUUCUCAAGCGCAUGAUGCAAUCGCGGGGACAACUCCUCGCAUACCAUGCCCAACAGAACAACGACUCUUCGGUAUACAGAGCCAUCGUCCAAUUCAGUGACCAGGCUGAAGGUGCCACAGCUGUGGUUGUGUUCAACAACACGAUCGUCGAGGGAAUCCAUGUCACCUUGUCACUUUUGGAUGGAAGUGAAAUCCCUCAUGCCACUCAAGAUCCCCAGGAAGGCUCAACCGAUGACCACAGCCCCUCCUUGCCUGGCCACGAUCUGACAAGCGCCCUUCAUGCCCUGUCUCUCUCCAAGCAAGCUAACCAGGUGCACCUUAUGCCCCAAGGAGCGCCUAUGCCUGUUCCCGGCUCGCCGUACCCUCCUCUCGGUAUCCAGGUUUCCCCUUUGGCGAUGUGGCCCAUUCUAUGCCAGCCGCAGUUUCAGCCGAGCACAGCAUACGUUCUGAAUGGUGGUCAUCGCCUCUCGGCGCCUCCGUCUACAUCCAACUCGACGGGGUAUCAGCUCACAAACCAUCUUUUCUCGCAGUCUUCCCAGGGCAUGUCGAUGAUGGGAUCGAUGUCACCCGGCUCCAGAACUGAGCCCCGAAGACAGAAUGCAGCCAGGGUCAACAGAUCACCCUACUAUAAUGUUGCUAGCCACCACAACCAUGUCGAUGUCAACCGCAUUCGUGAAGGAACAGAUGUUCGCACCACGAUCAUGCUUCGCAACAUCCCAAACAAAGUCGACCAAGCAAUGCUCAAGCGGAUUGUUGAUGAAUCUAGCUGGGGUAAGUAUGACUUCAUGUAUCUCCGGAUCGAUUUCGCCAAUGACUGCAAUGUCGGAUACGCUUUCAUCAAUUUUGUGGACCCGUUGGACAUCAUUGAUUUUGUCAAUACCAGAGGCAACCAGAGAUGGAACUGUUUCAAGAGCGACAAGGUCGCUGAGAUUUCCUAUGCCACCAUCCAGGGCAAGGAUUGCCUUGUUCAGAAGUUCAGAAACAGCUCUGUAAUGCUCGAAGCAGCGCAUUAUCGUCCCAAGCUGUUCUACACCUCCAAUGGGCCCGUCCCAGAACUCGCGGGAGAGGAGGAAUCCUUUCCGGAGCCGGACAACCAGUCCAAGAUGAAGCGAAGCUGCGAGAAUGCAGAACACGUUGGGCUUUUCACGCCCAACGCUGGACAGCAUUUCCGCGACGAGCAACGCCGCAGACGGUCGCAGUAUGACCGAGGCACGAGACUGGCCGCCCUCGAAGAACAUGACUUCGAAGCAUCUAUGCAGCCGUACAUGUAUCAUGCGUAA